AUGGAGGAUAAAGAUAUUAUCUUCGUUCUUGGUGGUCCAGGUUCUGGAAAGGGAACACAAGCAACAAGAAUAUCCCAAGAGUUCGAUAUUGGCUACUUAUCUGCAGGUGAUCUCCUUCGAAAUGCUUCUAAGAUAGCAAAGAACCCACCAGCUGGCUUUGAUGAGAAUCUUCUCGCCGAAUAUAAAGAAAUUGAUCAGAUUAUUGCCGAAGGUAAGCUUGUUCCUGCUCAUGUGACAAUCAAACUCCUCCGUGAUGCAAUGGUGCAAGGAAAGCAGAAGCACUGGUUCAUCGAUGGCUUCCCACGUGACCUUUCUCAAGAAGCCGAGUUUGUUGAGAAGUGCAAACCAUGUGUUGCCUUACUUUUCAUCGAUGUUCCAGAUGAUGAACUUACAAAGCGUCUUCUUAACCGCGGUAAGACAUCCGGCCGUAUCGAUGAUAACGAAGAGUCAAUCAAGAAGCGCUUAGUUACAUAUAAUAACCAAACUCGUCCAGUUAUUGAGAAAUUCCAAGCCGAGAACAAAGUUAUCUCAGUUGAUGGUAACCGUGCAAUUGAUGUCGUCCACGAUGAUAUUGUUGCUCAACUUAGAAAAGUUUGGUCAGAUUUACCCGCCGAACCAAAAUCCAAGAGUGCCACAGCUAAGCAAUCAAAGUGCUGCCUCUUGAUCUAA